UGGUAACACCGGAGCCGCGCUCUCGACGGGGACUGCAACGAAACAUGCCUAAGUUUUACUGUGACUACUGUGACACCUACCUUACACAUGAUUCGCCAUCGGUGAGGAAGACCCACUGCAGUGGCAGGAAACACAAAGAAAAUGUGAAGGAUUAUUACCAGAAAUGGAUGGAGGAGCAGGCUCAGAGCCUGAUCGAUAAAACGACGGCUGCCUUUCAACAGGGAAAGAUCCCUCCCACGCCGUUCCCUGGUGGCCCUCCUCCAGGAGGGCCUCCUCGCCCAGGCAUGCUACCAACACCCCCCAUGGGAGGUCCUCCUAUGAUGCCCAUGAUGGGACCUCCACCACAUGGGAUGAUGCCUGGUGGACCAGGAGGCAUGAGGCCGCCAAUGGGAGGACCCAUGCAGAUGAUGCCAGGACCACCACACAUGAUGCGUCACCCUCGACCGAUGAUGAUGCCAGUCAGGCCGGGCAUGAUGCGUCCAGACAGAUAAGAACGAGUGGAUUUUCUCCGUUCUUUGUUGCCAUGAACAGACAUGGUCUAGUGAGGACACUUGGUUUAACACUUGGGUUUAUUAAUAUGACUUUUUUAAAUUCUCAAAUGUCCAAUCUCUUCAGCCCCGAACCCGAAGUCCCUGAAGUAAUUAUGUGAUUUUUUUGUAUAAUUACUUUUAUAUUCCACUUGAAUCUUGGUAUUUAUUUCUAUUCAUCUCCCAUUAGAAUUCAUUUCAGAUCCCCAUUUUUAAGACGUUUUUUAAUUAACCAGCCUCUGAAAAGACUGAAAUAUCUCGCCUCACUCUGACAUACUCUUCAACACACUGAUUUAAAGAGCGUUUCUUUUUUUCUUCUCUUUUUUUUAAAUUUGUUACGAUAUUUGGUUUAGGUUUUACAUGUUUUUGUUGUAUUUC